UUACAUCAGCUGUUUUCUAUUUAUAAUCAAAACAGAUCACAAAACAUUCAUUGUUCUUCGAAAUGAAAGACAUCUUGAUAUUUAAUGGUCCUAUAUUAAUCUAUAUUUGAAGACGAUUUAUAUUGUUAUUCACUAAUACAAGAGUCGAAUGGUAUUUAUAUAUUUUCGCGUAUCAAUUUAAUCUUCUAAGAUUUCCGUUCCAACCUGAUAAAUUGAACUAAUUUGAUUACGUAAAAAGAUCUAAGAAGUCUAUCGUCUAUCAUACUUUUGUUUUCAGAAAUAAUAAUUCAUUUAUUUCUACAUAACGCGAAAUUAGAAAAAUUGUUUGACUCGAGAUUUUUCAAAUAUUUCAGAUAAGAUAAAAUGGUACAAAACGAGGAAUCGGUUUCAGGAAAUGACGCACCGGUUUAUCUUCCUGACAAACCAGCCAGGGGUGUUGCCAAUGGUAAAUAUCGCAUGGUAGGUUGGGAAAUUGACACAACUGGACGACGGCUUAUUGACGAGAUAUGUCAAAUUGCCGCAUAUACCCCAAAAUCACAAUUUUCACAGUAUAUAAUGCCUUAUGCUGAUAUCAACCCGCCCUAUGUACGAAAGCAUGCACUCCGAGUAGUCAAUGCGGGCAGAUAUAGGAUGCUGAGAGAUAUCAAAAACAAUACAUUUAUCAAGACAAAGAGUGAAAUAUCCGCACUGACUGAUUUCCUACAAUGGUUGGAAGAAAAUCGCGGAGAUGCUACUGAUGGCAUCAUUUUGAUCUAUCAUGAAAACAGAAAAGCAGCUCCUGGCAUGCUGCUGGAAGCUUUAAGACGUUACGAACUGUUGAAUCGUUUCAACAAUGUUGUGAAGGGUUUUGCCAAUGGAUAUGAAAUAUCCUCUUCUAAAUGUGGUAAUACUACUAAAGCCUUCACUCUCAGAAUGAUGGCCAAAAUCCUGUUAGGAUAUGAAGGCAAUGACUUCACAAGUGCAAAAGAAAGGGCCAAAUCUACUUAUGAAAUUGCUAUUCAUUUAGCUCAAGGGGAAAAACAGGAUUUGGACUCUAAAGCUUGUGGUGACAGUACCGGUUUGGAACCUCAUUUGAUUGAAUUCAUUUGUCCUUUCACUAAUCCAAUUAUAGCUGAGGAAGAAGAAAUAAUAGAAUUGAAGGACUUGCUAAAAAUCCAAAACACCUUCCGACCAGUGUUCAGAGAUCUGUUGAGUGGAACUCGACUAGAAAGGAAACACGCUAGUCACCUUAGAAGACUGCUUGCUGAAAAUAAUAUCAAUUAUGAUAAGCUGAAAGAAGCCUACGAGACAGAAGCCAAAGAAGGACUCGAUAAAAUAUUGAAAUCAGAGGUUGCAAAUGCAGAAGAAAAAGAUCUAACUGAACUACUAGAAAUCCUAGACUGUUUCUUUGACCCUGAAAAGAAACCAGUACAGCCCAAAGUGAGAUUCUACCCCAACCAGAACAAUAACAGAAAGCAACCUCGCCAGAGGAGGAAUUCGAACAGACAGAAGAACAAGAAAACCUCUGAGCCGAUGAGUCCCAACAUUUCCAGCGACAACCCAACUGACUCGGUCAGCGAUGCAUCACCCAGAAGUGAAAUAAAAGAGCCAGAAGUAAUAACUUUGGUAGCUUAGAGAUUUCACGAGUGCCUUAUUCGAUUAUUAACAUUAACCUUUAUUUAUGACUUUCCUGAGCUUUACUAUGUUUAUAUAACUUUUUUUUAUUUUAUUUAGAAGAAUUUCAGUUUGUUUUUUCCUUAUAUAGUUUAUGGAAGUUAUAACACUUUGCGUUACUUGUUGAAGGAUAUAUCUACAUUAUUUCAAUAACUUUGAUUCGUGAUACAUAUUUUAAGUUGUGAUAAUGGGUCUUUUUUGAAGUAACAGAAUGUACUUACAGCAUUAUGUUACUUGCCUCAUGUUGUUUGAUAUGAUAAUGAAUUUAAUAAAUUAUAAAACGUA